AAAAGAGGGAAAGAAAGGACAAGACAAGAGCCCUUCCUAAGCUGCUUUAAGGGGUGUUUAUGUUUUUGGGUGUGUUUAUGAAUGACAUGCUUAUUAUGGGAUGAAGUGUUUGAAAGUCUGAAUGGAACAAGAUCUGAGGAGGGCAUUUGCUUGAUAUAAGGCUCUUACUGUAAGUGACCGGAGACAGCAUUUCCAGUAACUCACCUGUGGACACGUGUCUUUCUUGUUCUGUGUAUCAGGGUUGCUCUUAUCGGGGACAGAUGUCUACAAAUCCAGUAUCUUUUCCACCUGCAGUCAGCAGCAGCCCACCACAAAGCGUUCAGGCUGCACUGCUGGAAUCGCCCAGCCUGCAAAUGCCACUGUCACAGUGUCUGAAAUCCAGCAGCACACAAGCCUCUGUCUCCAGCUCUCAGAGAGACAGCAUCAUCUACAGGUUGAAGAGUGGAGCUGCAGAGCGCUUCAGAAGGCACAGUGUUGAUGGGAGCUGUGCGGAUCUGGAGUCCGAAUCAGGCAAAGACAAGCGCUUUCACCCUUAUGGGAGGCAGUACAGUGAUGGACAAGUCACGGGAUCUUCACUGUACUGCUGCCUUAGGGAGAGUAAACUACCUGAAUGGCUCACUCCAGUUAAUGUUGACAUUGCAGACGUACAAGAGCAGAAUAGCUGGACUUCACUCAGCACCACUGUACAGUCCUCGAUGUUUAUGGGAGCUGAGGAGAGCACUGAUCAGAUACAGAACAAGCCUGGGGAUCCACCGAGUUACUCCUCAUCUACCCACAGUGUAUACAGCACCCUCAGCCCCCUGCACCAACAAUUUCCUGACGAAUAUUCAUCGGGAGGAAUAGAAAUCAGCUCUCGCUAUUCUUACCAAAGCCUCUCCCCACAAACCAGUCGAGAUGGUUCAGUCCAGCCACAAUACCCCAAACCUAUCUACUCCUAUAGCAUUCUUAUUUUCAUGGCUCUGAGGAAUAGCAGGACUGGGAGCCUCCCUGUGAGUGAGAUCUACAGUUUCAUGACAGAGCACUUCCCCUACUUCAAGACAGCACCUGAUGGCUGGAAGAACUCCAUUCGUCACAACCUAUCCUUGAACAAGUGCUUUGAGAAAGUUGAGAACAAGAAGGGGAACUCGUCACGGAAAGGCUGCCUGUGGGCUCUCAACCCAGCCAAAGUGGAGAAGAUGCAAGAAGAGCUCCAGAAGUGGAGGAGGAAGGAUCCUGUGACAGUGCGAAGGAGCAUGGCCAGACCAGAGUUACUGGAUCAUCUUCUGGGUGAUAGACAAGAGAAGCCCAGAUCCAUCUCUGCCCAACUCAACAACCACACACACAAUCAGUUCCACAAAGUCAGCCUGCCUCCUCCAUACACCACCAAGACUCACCAAGGAAGACCCUACUACAGUUAUUAUAGUUUACCAUCACAAACUGUCUCCCAGCAGGUCCCAUACCUACCCUCUUGUCCCCCAGGCUUCUCAUUUUACCCCUCCAUCCCCCAGCAGCCCAGCACACAGUUGCCACCUAGGACUGGCAGCCUGGACUCACCUUUACCUGCACACACACCACCGAGCUACAGUGCUGCACAACAGGCCAGCCACAGUGCUUUGGGAAGCAUGCAGGAGCUCCUCAUGGAGGGGGACCUGAGUAACGACAUAGACAUGCUAAAUCCAAGCUUAACAGACCUGCAACUCCAUGGUAGUUGUCUCUGGGAGGAGCUUAGGAAUGACAGUUUGGCUUCAGACACUCUGACUCUCAUGGACAUGUCCAUCACAUCUGAGCAGCUCAGCCCUGAUCAUGUCAGUGAUUGUGGGAAGGGCUAUGGUUCACGGAGUGAGGAGGUGAACACAUCUGGAUCAGCAGCAGCACUGCAGGCGAGUGUUUCUGACAUCUACAUCACUGGACUGUGUUCAAGCGACUUCACCGGCACAGACAGCAUGUCAGGUCUCCAUUCCUCCAUGACAAAUCCUCCAAUUGCUCUGCUCUGAAGUGCUGUUUUACAUGACAAAACCUGUUCUACACUAAACAUAAUAAUCAGUGAAAUUGUAUGCUGAAAAACAGUUGGACCCAAAACCUUUCUUUUAGUUUUGCUUUCUUUUUGAAAAAUGUUUUGCUUAUUAGUUAGAUACCAGUUUGAUAAGGCAGUGCAUUAACUAAAUGCUGUGUGAAAUAAAGCUUAUCCAGAGUGUCACUGAAGAUGCUUUUUAAUUUAUGAUUAGUUGUAGUUGACACAAGUGAAAGAUAUUAGUUAUGUUUUUGCAUAACCUUAGGACUGGUUAUCAAGUUACAUUACUAAAAAAUAUUUUGCACCACAUUUGUCGGCUGGGACGGGUUUCAUCUCGUCUGACAGCAGAAAUUUCUGCUGAACCGCUAAACCAGUCUACAUGAAAUAAGCCAUUCAUCAAAAAAAAUAUUUUUAUCCCCAUCUCUCCUGUCAGUCAUUCGCUCCUUAGAUUGCUUUCGCGUUAGACAUGCUGAUUUUUACAGCAGUGUUGAUAACAUUUUAUCUCCUGGAUUUAGAGUUUAUUCCAGUACCGUUUUUUUGCACAGGGUGGCAGUAGAGAGCUCCAUUAAUAUUGCAGAGCUACCACACACUGGCAGCAGCACAGCAUGUACCAACAGUGUGCAUGUCAACAACAGCAGAAUAAACUGUGGGUUCUCAUGUGUUUUAUGAGAGUAGAUGCCUUUAGGAGGAAAUGGUUCAGUGUUUUUAAUACAAAAUCACUGUCGAUUUUGCAAGAGCUAUUAACCAGAGCAAUGGGGAAAUUUAUGUUCUACUAAAAGGGUGAAAAGUAAAUUGAAAUUCAGUCUUUGUACUCUUCCUUAAUCUUCUUGGUAAAUGAUCAUUUCUCAGUGGUGU